UCAAACUAUCAAUAAGAAAGUUAAAAGUCAUGUUAUCAAUAUGGUUAAUAGCAGUGGUGAGAAUAAAAUUAUUAACAAAGUUAGUAGUAAGGAUAAUGUUAGUAAUGAAGUAAAUUAUGAGACUAAUUAUGAGGUUGAUAGUGAAGAUAAUU